UGACCGCGCCGUGACGUCACGUCCCUCUCGUUCACGCGCUAUUUUCGCUAACCGUGUUGCUUUUUGUUGUUUGGACGCCGGCGCGCGUCUCUGCGUGAGAGACUUCAUGAAAAUUAGCCACUUCCCGUCAGACUUAAGACGCUGCCCCGAGUCCCGACGACGUCCAUCAUGAGAGUGGCCUGCUUUGCCUCGUCGUAACUGCGUAUGGAGAACUCCGAAGGCGGCACGUCACCCGAGCCCGACGGCGGCGCGACGCGGCCGUCGUCCCGCCCGGGACGAGCGUCCGGGUCGCCGCGGGCCUCCUGCUCCUCCUCAGAGCACAACGAGCCCAGGAGACGGCGCGAGGCCAGGCAGCAACAGCAUCAGCAGCAGCAGCAACAACAACGGCGGCGGCGGCGGCGGGGGGAUGGUCAGGAACAGCUGCUCCGGGAGACGGCGCGCCGGAGGUUGCCGGGCCAACGCGAGCACUCAGAGGCGUGCGGCUCAGUGAGCGACGCAGCGGAAAGUUCGCCUAAGAGGAGAGCUCACUUCCUUCAUGGACCCUACCCGGCCACUCACUUCGGACCCAAAGCCUGCAUUCUUCCUAACCCCACUUCGGUCAUGCACAUCCAGGACCCGGCAAGCCAGCGCCUUACCUGGAAUAAGCCACCCGUCAACGUCCUGGUCAUCAGGAAGAUCCGGGACGAAAGCCUGGUGGAGCCCUUCAAAGAGCUGUGCAGGUUUCUAGUUGAGGAGAAGCAGAUGAUGGUGUACGUGGAGCGGCGGGUGGCCGACGACGGGACGCUGUCCAAGGACGAGAACUUUGGCUCCAUCCGAAACCAGCUGUGCACGUUCCGAGAGGGCUACGACGACAUCUCCGACUGCAUCGACCUGAUCAUCUGCCUGGGCGGGGACGGCACGCUACUGUACGCGUCGUCGCUCUUUCAGGCCAGCGUUCCCCCAGUUAUGGCGUUCCACCUGGGCUCCUUGGGCUUUCUCACUCCCUUCAAAUUUGAGUCGUACAAGACUGAAGUGGACAAGGUCUUCGAAGGGAACGCGGCCAUCACUUUGCGCAGUCGCCUGAAGGUGAAGGUGGUCAAGGAGAUGCUGGAGAGGACGGCCGCCGUUCCUCCGCCGCCGCAGCCGCAACGGGAUCAGGAAGAGGGACACAACGGCCUCGUUCCUCACCGCUACACCAGCAGCGAGGCGGGCAAGGUCACCCUGCAGCUUCAGGUGCUUAACGAGGUGGUGGUGGACCGCGGGCCCUCGUCCUACCUGUCCAACGUGGACUUGUACCUGGACGGACGCCUCAUCACCUCCGUGCAAGGCGACGGCGUGAUCGUGUCCACGCCGACGGGCAGCACGGCGUACGCGGCGGCGGCGGGGGCGUCCAUGAUCCACCCCAACGUGCCGGCCAUCAUGGUGACGCCCAUCUGCCCGCACUCGCUCUCCUUCAGGCCCAUCGUGGUGCCUGCUGGGGUGGAGCUCAUGAUCACUUUGUCCCCCGACGCAAGGAAUACAGCCUGGGUGUCGUUCGAUGGCAGGAAGAGACAAGAAAUCCAACAUGGUGACUGCAUCAAGAUCACGACGUCGUGCUACCCGGUGCCGUCCAUCUGCUGCCACGACCUGGUGUACGACUGGUUCGAGAGCCUGGCGCAGUGCCUUCACUGGAACGUGCGCAAGCGGCAGACGCGCCUCACCGAGGCGUCCGACACUUCCGACACGGAGAACUGAAAACCCCCCCACCACCACCACCACCACCACCACCCACGUCCCCUCGUCGCAGCUCCUGAGCCAGAUGUCGUCGUGCCCGUGACGUAUUUUUUUUACAUUCCACAUGGUGUUGAAUUACUAGAAACAUCUUUAUGUAUAUAUUUGUACAAAUUAACAGGUUAGUUCCGAGUUAUUUAAUGCUAUAUUUAUAUAUUUCUAAAGAGUUCCACACCACCACUUAGAGCAGUGUUUUACAAUCUUUGAGCCAAGGUGCUUAUUACAAAAAAAAAAAAAUCACAGACUCGACACUACAGCGAGAAUAGCACUGCUGCGAAUUCGCUAAAUUUUACAAAUACUGUCAUGGAGUUUUUUUUUCCGAAAAGGGGUUGUCAUUGUGUAUGAAUGCCAAUCGAACCCACGCUACACGACUUUAGUUUUAGUUUUGGUUUAAUUUUCCAACGCAAACAUGAGGCUGUUACAGACGGGCAAACGUGGAUGUGCAUGAGCACUGUACACAAAAAUGCUCUAAGGUGAUGAAACUCACCUUGUUUGGAUUCACACAGUAAAGGUUAGAGAAUGUAACAACAGUUGUAAUGGCAAAGUAGAUGACUGUACGUGGCCUAUGAGCAGCUGCAUUGAGACUGAGAAGCAGGAACUCGCUUACGUUUUCAUUUUUGAUGACGCAAGAUUGCAACGUCGCAAAUGCAGGUAGAAAAAAAAAAAAAAAAAGUCUACACCUGACAGCGACACUAAGAUUCCACCAGGAGGCGCUAAAUGUUUUUAAUUGCACACACACACAAACGGAUUUUCAGCACAAGCGGAGUUAAUAUAGAGCUCGUGCACCUACGUCAUAAAAUCACGUGACUUUUGUUUCCCUCGCCACAUUGCCGGACAAGCUUAGCGUUGCUCAAUGCUAAGUCGGUUGGAGACGACACGGAAAUAUGGCUUGUAGCACGACGCCCGGAAUUUUGUCCGAUACCGUUAAAAAUUUCGAAGGUGAAAGUAAACGACGGUACGUGGAAAAGUGGGAUAAACUCGGCACAGAGGACCCGUAUUUAAUGCCGAAGUUGAUAUUUUCGCCGCUAAAAUAUUGGACAGGAAAUUUGCUUUCGCUUGUCUUGGAAAACUGGAUCUACACGUGGAUCCGGUGAGUUAGUCGUCGAGAUUUACACGGAAAAGUCUGAAAGCGUAGAAAAGUCUGGACGCAUACGAAUACUUUGUUGCUGGAUCUGUUCUCAAUCAAGAAUAAAUCCGGCAUAGUGACAAUUUUGACGGCUCAUGAACGCGAAAGCGUGUUUGGCCACACGUUGUUAACCUUUGGCAAAAUCCAUCGAUCUUUUUCGCUAGUAUUCAAUACAAAUACCAAUAUUUAAAUAAAUGACCCUUGGUUUUACAAAAACUCUCAUUCGUGAACUAUGAUUGGAAAAAAACAAAGGGAUGGAGUCGUCUCCGCGGAACGUACACGGAAGCGAUUGCGGCUACACGUUAAUCUCUGGAAACCUUUCUGCUGCGACAGACGCUUUUUCUUUUUUCUAAAUAUGCAUUGUUCUCAAAUGUGCCAACUUGACAUAGUAAAUACUUCUUGCUAAUUUGAGACAGAAGAAUAAUUCCGACUUGAAAUGAAGCGAUCGCGUGUGUAUUUUUGUUGGGCGCCAUCCAUCAAUUUAAUUGCUGAAAUCCAUCCAUCUUUUCUCAUCUUUUUCAGGUGCUAUUCUGUAGAAUGACGUCUUUGAAUCAAUCUUUCUCUUCUGUUGUGACAACCAACAGCACAACAGGUCUCGGGUAUUGUAAAUAUUCUCCUCCGGUUCAAUGCCCCCCCCACACACACACACACACACACACUGUCGAGCAGCUCAUUUUGACCGGCAAUAUGGCGGCGUGAAAAUGGUGACGUCACGUGCACGAGCUCUAUAAAGGUGCCCUGAAAUAUUGAAUAAUUCGCAAAUGUCCCCUCCCCACCAACACGAGGGGUUCUCCGGAUGCUAAUGAAUUUGCACUUGGUCUAAAAUCUCAUCCUUUUAAAUUGAACACAUAAGCUAUUAUUCUGUUCUAUAAUUGAUAACAGGUGGAUACGAUGGAGGAUCUGGUUCGAUUGUCGGGCUCACAGUUCCGAGGACCAGAGAUCAAAUAUUAUUAAUUAAUCAGGGAGCGUUUUGAGGGUUGCUUAGCCCCAUAAAAUAAUAAGGAAAAGUGAAAAAAAUGAAGGGAAAAAAAAGAUGUAGGGUUCCACUUUGACACUCACUCCAAAAAAAUGGACUGAAACUGCUAAUUGUACAUAGAUGCCACAAGAUGGCAGCAAAGCACUUUUUUCAUGACAUGACUGAAUGAAGCUCCUCCCUUCAUUCCAGAUAGUUCUUUGGCAAUACUUUUCUACACGCCUUUGACUUGAGCACACACAAAAAAAAUAGUGAAAGUUUUUCAGCAAAUAACAACGAAUAGCUUGCCAAAUAAAGUCCACAAAUCGUCAAAUUCACGAAUGCCGAAGUGUGAAUUUGCCGUUUGAUGUAAAUUGCACCCUCUACCAUCUGGCGGGAGAACAUCACUUCUACAAUUUGUUGUCAAUAAAUAUUUUCAACCAGUUAUUUGAAUUUACUACCGCACAGUCGCAUGAGUCGAAACAUAAUGUAAAAAAACCCCAAACAAACACUUGAUGGUGCUUCUUUUUUUUUUUACUGCAAUAUUUCCAGACAUCCAUGAUUCUUUUUUUUUUUUUUAUUAAAUUAUAUUCCAAUAUUGCAUGAGAAUCUAACGCAAACAAGAAUAGGCAGUCAAAGAGGACGAGAGAGAGAAAGAGAGAGAGAGACUAUUGACGACUAGGGCGUUUCACCCCCCCGCCCCAACCCGCAAUCAAGAGUGUCCUUUUAAUAGAAUGUCAUAGAAUAUUAUAUACUAUAUUGUACGGGAGAACGUAGAGGGAGACACGAGAACCAACACAAAUGAUGACUGCAAGAACAGAAAAUAGCACUAAGAAAAAUUAUGGAAUAAAUUAAAGGGGCUGAAAGAAAAAAAAUGGAAAGAUUUCUAUUGUGUUAUUGUAACAAGAAGUAUAAAUCCAACAUAGCAGCAGGGCAGGGAGCCAAGAUGGAUGUAUAUUUAUAGAUAUUUAACACCUCCUAAUAAUAGAGAAGACGCAAAGAGGCAGUUUCGUGGACUGCAAACAUGGUAUGCAUAAUUAUAGCUCAUAAAUUCGAAUGUGACCAAAAACUGGCUGAAGAACACCCAACGCAACAGUUCAAAGUUCGUUCUUCGGACGAGUCACAAUAAUUUCUCGGGAAAUCAAAAGUUUCAAAUUCUUUUGAUGUUGAAACCACAACGCAAACAUGACGGGACUAAAUCAUAUUUAAGCAAGAAAGGUGAGGAUAAUUUGAUUUCUCCCCCCCCUCCCCCUUUACACCUGGCAAAAAAAACAAACUGAAUUUAAGUCGGAAUUUUUGGGCAAAGUACUUUUUUGAAUAAUGGCAUAUUUUGGAGAAAUGUCAAGAAUUUUACAAAAAUAAAGUUUCAAAAAGCUACAAGUUUUAGAAUUGUGAGAUUCUCAUAGUAAAAUAAUCUUUAAAGGUACAAUUAAAUUACUAUUCUUAUAUAAUAUUACGACACUUUUCAGGGCUGUAAUUUUACGAGAAUAAACCAUUUGUGCCCCCCCCACCAGGAAUUAAGUCAUAAUGUGUUAAAAAAAAUGCUACCAUUCUUGUAAUGUGUCAACUAAAUUAUGACAACCCCCCCCCCAAAAAAAAAAGUCUCUUAUGGCAGAAGUCAUAAUUUUCUUUUUUUUUACAGGUCUUAACAUUUCCCCCCAAAAAAUGUAACCAUUCUUGUAAUGCAACUAAAUUUUGAUAUUUUGAAAUUUUUGGUCAUAUUUUCUGAAAUGGAAUUUAUGACAGCAGAACUCAAUUUUUUAUUAUUUUAGGAAUGCCAUUUUGAGCAGGGGGGGGCCUUGCACAACUUAAUCAAACUCCCGACAGCCUUCAGUGUGGUUGUAAAAAUAUGAUUUUAUAUACUCUCAAUAAUCCAAAUAUUCAGCCUUUGUUUCUUAGAAAAUUACAUCUUUCCUUUCAGCUUGUCCCGUUAGGGGUCGCCACACCGUCCUAUCCCAGAUUAAUUCCUGUAAUACUUUUGAGUUUAUUCUUGUAAAAAUUAAGAUCUUGAAAAAGAUGUGACAUGACCUUUUUAUUUUAAAAAAAAUAUUGCUACUUUUAUGCUAAACAUUUAUGUUUAAAAAAAAAGUAUAUUCCCCUAACAUGAGUCCAUCCAUAAAAUAUUUUUCUUUUUUGUGUGUGGUAUAAAUCUCUUUUUUUUAUGUGCGGUAUACGGUAUUUUUAUUCUUUUGCGUGCACGCCAACUGGUCCUUGGUCAAAUACAAACGUGAUCCACGUCAACGCUUCCACGCUGCGCUCGUUUGUCGGACGACGUUGUCAGACUGGCUGACAACGCGCACCCCCGGCGUCGUUUAGCAUCUUCUUAUUUUUUGGAAUUUCAUCUACAUGGACUUUUAUUUUGAAACCGGACUUGUUUUUGUGAACCCCACAUGUAUAUAAAGAAAAAAUAAGACGGGUGGGGGGGAGGGCAAAAUAAAGUUCACCUUACAAGACCGCCUUGCUUUUCGGUUCUUUUAAAACAACAACAAAACAUUUUUUUAAAAAAAGGGGUUGGUCCCUCUUGGUUCCGUGGAGAUGUGUGCACAAAAUGCGGGACAAAAGACCGUUGGACCUUUGCUGUGUGAACUGACCUGUGUAUUUUUUUUUUUGUUUUGGGGUGGGGGGCAGGUGAGAUUCCAGUAAGUAAAGGAAAUUUUUGAAACAGAAUAUUCCAUAUUCUAAACUUUCCAUGGGAAUUGUGAGAAAUGAAAUGUCAAAAGCAGUUGCCUAGCGCCGGAGCCCCUCCCCCAUGUUCGCCCCCCUCCCC